AUGGCGGCGCCCGCAAACUCCUCGGGCGCCCCAGUGCGCAUUCUGGACGGGAGUAUGGGGUCACAGUUGAGCGAUCGCGGUUUGAUACCGCCCAAAGAUCCUCUCUGGAGCGCUAGAGUGCUCGUAACCAACCUUCCGGUGAUAUUGGACGUGCACAAGAGCUAUAUCAGGAGCGGCGCCGACGUGGUCACGACGUGCAGCUACCAGGCGAACGUCGACAACCUGCAGUUUCACCUGGGCAUUUGCGUUUCCGAAGCCGAGAGCCUAAUCGCCCGCAGCUGUGAAGCCGCGAUCGCCGCACGGGAACAGUGCGGGCGACCGGGAGUGCUGGUCGCCGGCUCCGUGGGGCCGUUCGGCGCUGCGCAGGCCGACUUGUCCGAGUACACGGGUGCGUACGCGGCCGUCAAGAGCGUCGAGGAGCUCGUCGAGUGGCACCGACCCCGCGUUCGGUGCCUCAUCGCGGCCGGCUGCGAUGUGCUAGCCUUCGAGACGAUACCGGCUGAGCGUGAAGCUCUGGCGCUCGUGCGACUGCUGCGCGAGUUCCCCGACACGCGGGCGUGGAUCAGCUUCAGCACAUCAAGAGACGCGCCGCACUGCACGGCAAAGGGAGAGCCGCUCGCGGAAGUGAUGAACGAGUGCCUCCUUGCUGACGUGAACGGACAGAUAUUCGCCAUCGGCGUCAACUGCUGCCCUCCGCAAUCGGUGGCAGCCGCUUUUCGGUCCAUUAGACCGCUCCGGGUGCCUUUCGUCGCUUAUCCUAACAGCGGCGAGAUGUACACUCCGUCCUGCUGGGUUCCGGACGACCGACUGACGCGCAAGCCACUCGCGGCCUACGUACCCGAGUGGAUCGACCUUAACGUGCGCUGGAUCGGCGGCUGUUGCAGGACUGGGCCGGACGAUAUCAGUGGCGUUGCACGUGCUGUGAGAAAUAUCGUUGCUGCGUGACGAGUCAUAAGCGUGAUUUGCAAAAAGAGCGCUAACGUUGUUUCGACUGAAAUCAUCAAAGUAGUGCUCUACUCCUGUAGCGCAGGCUCAGCAAAGCAAUAAAAUUGCCUGAGCUGUCCGGAUUCUAUGAAAUUCGCAAAUGCCUCUUAACACUGCUUUGAAUUUCUUCGUGAAAUGUUCGUGCUACUUGCUAACAUUUAGUGUACGAUUCUGACAGCAGACGCGAGGCACGUAUAUAACCACUUUUAUGAGCAGAAACCAAAAGACAGCUCAUGUGUAAUGAUUUGCUGGCUAUGCAGCAACAAACUAAAUUUACUGCAUCUGUUGUGUUUCCUUCAAAGGAAUAAUACUUACUUGCUUUCCAUCUUUCUUAAUUUCUCAACAUUUAAUCUCUUGUAGUUGUAAUAAUAUUUACCAUUGAGUUAGCACCUACUUCUUUGGUGUAACUGGAAGCAUUUUUGUGGGUACUGUACACAACAGUGACAGCAAGGCUGAAACACCCGAGGACAACCUUACUCCUCAGCACCACUUAUUUAUGUUUACAUCACUUUUAUAGAAAGUAGUAGGCAUAUGUCUGGGACAAAACUUUUGGUUUGUGGAUCUAUCCCAAAUUGAGCUAUGAAGAGAUCCAGUGACAUAGCCAAAAUUUUUUCAGUGAGGGUCUUUAAUCACCCUAUAUGUAUGUGUGUGUGAUUGAUAUGCAAGUGACAGAUAUGUGUGUUCUUGUACUGAUGGAAAAUUAAGUGCCAGCUUUGAGCCUGCAUUGUCAUUACAAACCUCCACUGGCUAUGCCCAUGUGAUACAUGAAA